AUGAAAGCGUCAAUAAAUACAAAAACCCAGCUUUCUUCAAAGAAUAAUUCACCAAAAAUAGCUUUGCCUUUCUUUCACAGUCGUUCCUCCUCUGAUGCUUUUCUCAAUCUUGAUCCCCAUGCUUUUACUUCAAGAAAUGAAUUGUUAACAUUUAAAAGCAGAAGAUUAACACGUGAAUCUUCUCAUACAGUACAAGGCUUAUCUCGUCAAGGCUCUUUUAUUCCUUUCCUUAAAGACCCUCAAUUACCUUCAGCAUUCAAAAUAAAUUAUAAUUCAUGCAGUGCCACUGAACUAUUUUCUGUAUCUCCAAAGCAACAAGAGAGAUUAGAUAAAAUAAAUAGUGUAUAACUCAUGCACCUUAAUAAAUCUCUAUACCCCAGCAGAAUGCCGACCAGAAAAAAAUAUGGCACUGGGCACUGCCUUAUACAGUAUAAGUCUGAUUAGGCACCUUAAAGCCAUAGACGGAGAUUUGUCAUUUUCUUUUUUACUUUUCAAAAAAGCUGACAAGUACAAAUUAAUUUUGGAAAUUAAAAAGGAUAGCCAAUUAUGAUCUAAAAUAUUUCAGGGGCUAUAUUAUCCAAUAUUAACCAAGCUUCAAAUAUCAAACUACAAUCCAAAUUAAAUAGAACAAAAAAGAAAUGCGAAAUAUUAGAAGACGAGAUUAAGCUUAUUUCAAGAAUUAAAUAUGACGAAAUCAAAGAAACUAAUAGAAGCAGAUGAAAAAGGGCGAGAUUCAGAACUGUGAACUCCCAAGAUAUAUUAACAAAAAAAGAAUUCAAAGAACUUAUGGUUACUUGGAGAAGACAGAUGAAUACUUAG